CCUACUGACUCCUCUCUUGUUUUCUCUCCCCUUCUCCCCGGUCACCUGGAGCAGCAGCGGCCAGUGAAGCAGUCUCUCAGCAAGUCCCUGUGCCGAGAGUCCCACUGGAAAUGCCUGCUGCUGUCCCUCCUCAUGUACGGCUGCAUGGGAGCCAUGACCUGGUGCCACGUCACCAAGGUGACCCGGCUGACCUUUGACAGCGCUUACAAGGGCAAGUCCAUGAUGUACCACGACAGCCCCUGUUCCAACGGCUAUGUCUACAUCCCUUUGGCUUUCCUGGUGAUGCUCUACGUGGUGUACCUCGUGGAGUGUUGGCACUGCUACACCCGCAAUGAGCUGCAGUACAAAGUAGACGUGGAGAGUGUGCACGAGCGUGUGCAGCGAAUGCAGCAGGCAACUCCCUGCAUCUGGUGGAAGGCCAUCAGCUACCACUAUGUCCGCAGGACCCGGCAGGUUACCCGCUACCGCAACGGGGAUGCCUACACCACCACCCAGGUGUACCAUGAGCGGGUCAACACCCACGUGGCAGAGGCUGAGUUUGAUUAUUCCAAUUGUGGAGUUAAGGACAUCUCCAAGGACCUCAUUGACCUGGAGAGCUACCCAGCCACACGGCUCCGCUUCACCAAGUGUUUCAGCUUCGCCAAUGUGGAGUCGGAGAACUCUUACCUGACCCAGCGGGCCCGCUUCUUCACGGAGAACGAGGGCCUGGAUGACUACAUGGAGGCCAGGGAGGGGAUGCACCUCAAAAAUGUGGACUUCAAGGAAUACAUGGUGGCCUUUUCUGACCCAGAUAACCUACCUUGGUACGUAUCUCACUAUGUCUUCUGGGUGGCGGCUCUGCUGACCUUAUCCUGGCCCUUGCGGGUGCUAAAUGAGUACCGCACCUCCUAUGUCCAUUACCACGUGGAGAAACUCUUUGGGUUCGACUACGUGGCGGUGACACCGGCCGAGGAGCGCUCCUUCUGCCGGAGGAUGCCCCGUGUCAACACAGUGGACAGCACUGAGCUGGAGUGGCACAUACGAUCCAACCAGCAGCUGGUGCCCAGCUACUCGGAAGGGGGCUACCGGCAGAACUGCGAGCGAUGCCACAGGACUAUAAGCAGCUCCUCCAUCUUCUCCCGCAGUGCUCUGAGCAUCUGCAAUGGCAGUCCCAGGAUUCCCUUCAGCAGCAGCCGCUUCUCCCUGGGCCGCCUGUACGGCUCACGACGCAGCUGCCUCUGGCAGAGCCGGAGCGGGAGCCUGAAUGAGCAGAGCUGCCCCACGGAGCAGACUCGCCUCUCCAGCCAGGUGACUGUGGAGGAGGAAGACCCCCCUCCUUACCAGGAUGCCCUCUACUUCCCUGUCCUCAUCGUACACCGCAAUGAAGGCUGCCUGAACCACGACCACCGUCACCUCCACCGCAACGGGUCCUGCGUGGAGACCUCACUGUGAAAGCAGAGGGCGGUGAGAUCUCAUUGUCCAUUACCUGGCCUGAGCCAGUGCAGGAUUUGGGGAGAGGAGCACAGGGAGAGAGCCUAGGAGAACAUCAGGAUGGAGUGAACAUGGCAUCUCGCUCCAACAGCCAGCAAAAGCUCCCCCUGCUGUGGCUCUGACCUCCCAGAGGGGUGGGUGCCGAUGCUCCCCCUGACAUGGCACGCAACUCCAGACCAACCACCACUUGC